AUGUCUCAAAUGCCCCAAUCGAUGGAAUUGCCCGACAUGUCCAACGCCAUUGUGGCGCAGGACGAGAUGGGUCGGCCAUUUAUUAUUGUCAAGGACCAGGGGUCUAAGAAAAGAACACACGGCACGGAGGCGGUCAAAUCACAUAUCUUGGCCGCAAGACAAGUAGCUUCGAUUCUGAAGACAUCUCUUGGUCCUCGUGGACUGGAUAAGAUUCUCAUCUCGCCGGACGGAGAAAUCAACAUCACCAACGACGGUGCCACCAUCAUGUCACAAAUGGAACUGAAUAACGAGAUUGCCAAGCUGUUGGUGGAACUCUCCAAAUCGCAGGACGACGAGAUUGGAGAUGGAACCACCGGUGUUGUGGUGCUCACAGGUGCCCUGUUGGACCAGGCGCUCGAGCUCAUCGAGAAGGGAAUCCAUCCUAUUAAGAUCGCACACGGUUUCGACAAGGCCUGUAAAAUCGCCAUCGAACAACUCGACAAGAUUGCAGACGAGGUGGCUAUCGACACAGAGAAUUUGGAUAACAACACCAACGUUAACAGUGAACUAUUCAAGGCCGCCAAGACGUCGUUGGGCUCGAAGAUCGUGUCCAAAUGCCACGACCAAUUUGCCCGGAUGGCAGUCGAGACCGUUUUGAACGUUGCCGAUCUGGAACGUAAAGACGUGGAUUUCGAGUUGAUUCGUGUGGAGGGCAAGCUCGGAGGCUCUCUGGAAGACUCCAAAGUCAUCAGAGGUGUCAUUAUCGACAAGGACUUCUCGCACCCUCAAAUGCCAAAGCAUGUGGACGAUGCCAAAAUCGCCAUUCUCACGUGUCCAUUCGAGCCACCUAAACCAAAGACUAAGCACAAGCUCGAGGUCAGCACCGUGGAGGAAUUCAAGAAGCUGCAAAACUACGAGCAAGAUAAGUUCAAAGAAAUGAUUCAAUUAGUUAAAGAGGCCGGAGCCAAUAUGGUGAUCUGUCAAUGGGGAUUCGAUGACGAGGCCAACCAUCUUUUGCUGUCGAAUGAACUGCCUGCCGUUAGAUGGGUCGGUGGAACAGAAAUAGAGACCGUGGCCAUGGCCACCAACGGCCGUAUCGUGCCUAGAUUCGAAGACCUUACCAAAGAGAAACUCGGACAUGCUGGUAAAGUGACCGAGGUUGAGUUCGGAACAACCAGAGACCAUAUGCUCGUGAUCGAAGAUUGUGCAAACCCUCGUGCGGUCACCGCCCUUGUGAGAGGUUCCAACAAGAUGAUUGUCGACGAGAGUAUCCGUGCUCUGCACGAUUCGUUAUGCGUGGUGCGUAACUUGAUUAAAGACAGCCGUAUCGUGUACGGAGGAGGAUCUGCUGAGAUAUCCUGUUCCUUGCGUGUGAAGGAGGAGGCUGACAAGCAGAAGGGUAUCGAUCAGUAUGCGUUCCGUUCGUUUGCAGAGGCUUUGGACGUGAUUCCAAUGUCUUUGGCCGAGAACUCUGGUAUGGACCCUAUUGAAACCCUUACACAGCUCAAGGCCGAUCAUGUGUUGAAGAAUAACUCCAGAUUGGGUGUGGACUGUUUGGGCAGCAACAGCAACGACAUGAAGGAGCUGUUCGUCAUUGAAACAUUGAUUGGAAAGAGACAACAAUUGUUGCUAGCAACACAGCUCACCAGAAUGAUUCUUAAGAUCAACGAUGUGAUCAUUAGUGGAAAGGAUCAGUACUAG